AUGAUUGAUGUUGUUGCAGGAGUCAAGUCGCCGAUUUGCGUUGUUUCUGGAGCGAAGUUCUUGACGAGAGCAGGAUGGGCCGAUCUACGCAACAGGUCCGACACAGAGCCACCCUUCCGCAUGUUCCGCGACGAGGGCCGCACUUUCCUUCAGUGGCUUGGAACUCAAGAGUUGAGACUGAGUAUGGAGGGAAGACUGCUUUUGGUCUCACUGAUGUGCAAGGAUAUGGGCGACACUACGGCUCACAGCUCCAUAUUCACACCAUGUGUUGCAUUCAGAGUGGCAGGAACUCCGAGUGUACGCGAAGUGUCGUUCUCAGCGGACGCCCAUGCGACAGAAAGCGGCACGGGCAGCGGCGGCGGUCUAUCGGCCAGCGAGUUCGUGGCGAUAGCGGUCUGCUCCGUCCUGCUGGCUCUCAUGUACAUAGCAUCCGUCCUGCUCUAUCUGCACACGAAGCGACGUCACCUGAAGGAGCGUCGCGACGCCGACGGGGUUGGUGGGGCGGCAGACGCCUCCAGUCAACUGGUGGAGGAGGGUGUGGUCAAGAGUAAUCCUCUACUGCGGCACUGUCAUGAUAACACUGGCUACAUGAGCGACUCGCACAGCUGUUGCACAGAGACUGAGGAUGGUUCUGAGGAGAUGGGGCCCGUGUCAGAUGAUAACAGCGUCGGCUGCACCAGCAUUCAACAGAUUCACACAGCGGCCCAGAUUCAUCCUCACGCGACAGAGAUCUACGCGUCGGACUGCAGUGCGAUGCAACUGCAGGACUCCAGUGCUAUUGAGAGGUUACCCGAGGAGAACGUCUCAAUAGUUGAGACUCUGGAGAUGAGGGAAGAUAGGCCCGAAACAGUCCGUGCUAUAACAACGGCUUCAACGAGGAGAAAGCUGUACUUCAACCCCGCUUACUUUGAGCCAGAAAUGCUAUUAGCACCUCCCCCUGCGGCGCUGGAAUUCCUCUCGAAAAUUCGAGAAGUAAUUGCAAUAGCCAAGCACAAAAUGGCGGCCAAGAGAUUCUUCCCCAGCCUACUGGGAAUACCCGAGGAGAUGGACCAUCAUCAGAUAGCACAGGGCCGUCACAGUCAUCACGGCUCGGUUCGUAGCAGCGUUAAGACCAGCCGUCAUGAGCGCAGCGGCCGGUUCACGCCGAUCCAGUCGCUGAGAACCACGCCCACUUGCGAGGGCUGUCCUGGCUGUGGGUUCGAGUCUUCCUUCGCCGAAAAGGAGUGCAACGACUGCUGUAGAACGGCUAACGAGAGCAAGCAACGCAGCAUACGGAAGUGGCUAGAAGAUGUUCCAUUGGCUGCCAAACCAACCAAAUGCGAGGAAGAAAAGGAGAAAAUCAAGGUACCGCCCAGGAGAAACUAUGUAAACAAAGGUAAAGCACCGGCAGUGCCACUCACUGAGAAGGUAAAACCCGAGCCGAUUGACAAGGGUGAAAUCAUUCACUUGAACAAGAUUGAACCAGAAAUUAAGAAAUCUGAUGUAGUUUUGUCGUCAUUCAUCAGUCCUCCUAUCCAGAACAACAAGAUGGAAGAGAUAGAGAAACGAGAAAACGAGCGCAAUCUUCUGAUUAAAACGAUUCCAGAACCAAGCUUUGUUAUCACACCUGCCAUUCAGAACGGAAUCAGAAACUCAAUCAACAAAUCAAAAGAGAAUGCUAGAUCUGAAAACCGACAGAAAACUUCACAGAAAGUGAUAAAUAGUGAUGCUCACUCCGAGAAGUCGAUUAGUCCCAAAGCGGCACAAAAAAUCAAACAUCCAUCACAGCCUCCCCCACCUCCUCCUCCUCCCCCUCCUUCGAUCUGUAGCAGUGUGGACACCGACAAGAACUCGCAACUUGGAAAGACUGAUUCGCCAGAGCCCAAAGUGCCCAAAGUGGCAAGGAAACUCAUGGAUGCUGUCAUCAAAGAAUUCGAAGUCAACAGAACAACCACCAACCCUAAACCUAGUCCACCAAAACGAAUCGACUCAUUAACGAACAAUCAUGACGAUGAGCAUUUGGACACUGAGCCAGAGUAUGAAACAGAUAGUUUAGAACGCACUCUACAAGAAAUCAAAAAUCAAAACAACGGAUUGUCAACACCGUCCGACUAUGGAGGAGUGGUGCCUAGGCUCAAUCCAAACCCCAAUGUGACUCUUCCAUUGGACGAGGAACUCACUAUACAGAAUACUAUCUUCAAUAAGAAGACAGGAAACACAACAAUGUCAAAGAUGAAAUAUGAAGUGAUAUUACUGAAUCCAGAAAAAGAAAAUGAGAAUACAAAACUAAUCUUACCGGACAUUCUAUCACGUGGCGAGGGCUACAGUCUGGUGAGUGAGGUUUAUGUCAACGAUAGUUUCAGUUAUGGUUCCUCAAGUUUGCCAAGCAAUGCAUCAUCUUCAUCUGCGUGUUCAUCUUUGAAUGAUGAGCAUAAAAUAUCAUAUGCAGAAGAGAAGCCUGGUCACCUUACAAUUCAGGUGGAGGGAACACCCACAUACAAACAGGAAGACUCUGACAGUUUUGAACCAGACACUCUGGACAGGAAAACCGCGAAAUUGAAGAUAUGUGAGUUUAGAGAGGAGAAUAAGAAUAUAGAUGUACAAAAUGAAUUGUUUACAGAUUCGUUAGAAAGACCACCACAUAUACCUCUGAGGAGUAAUGGUAGUUUUAGGAGUGAUGAAUGUAGGCCCAAUCAGUGGGGAAGCAACCAGGAUUUCCCAAGUAUAUUCGCUGCUAAUCCGUUGAGUAGGAAUUUUGGUAGUUUGAGAGAGAUUUUUGAGGCGAGGAACAAGUUUAAUCAGUUGGGUGGUUGUAAUAAGUCGGAGGGAUUCAGUCCACCAGGUUCAAUACACUCGUUGCAUAGUGACACAGACUGUUAUUCGACGUUGUCCUGGAGGAGGGCGACCCCGAAGAUGCUGAGGCCGGAUGCCAGGCAGGCGAGGAGGCAGAGACUGCCGUCACCCGACGCACGACCACCUCGUCCGCCCAAGGCGAGGCAGUUCAGGAAUGUGCCACGACCCGAGGCGAUUCCGCCCCUGCCGCCACGCAGCAUCAAGCCGCCACUGCCGCCAAAAAACGGAACAGUCAGAAGCAUCAUGGCCAACCGGCCACUGCCAGCCCUGCCAGGCGGCAGCCGACAGCACAAGUCCCGCAGACCGGCGCCGCCUGAUGCUUCUGGCUCCAGUCUAUCAGAGUACGAGCCGGUCAACGGGAUGGCGCCCUACACGCCGCCGCUGACUGACGCGGCUCGGGCAAAGCGGGACAUCACCCUCAAGCAACACCGCGCCAUGAUCAGUACUGAGGACUCGGGCUACCUCAGCACCGAUUCCAAGCAACACCGCGCCAUGCUAAGAACCGACUCCAAGCAAAACCGCGCCAUCCUCAACACCGAAGACUCGGGCUACCUCAGCACUGACUCCAACCAAUCCAAGCGGCCCGACAGCCUCAGUGAGACGGACGACUCGCUGUGUGACGGAGCCAGUGAGUCAGGUGGAGAGUCCAUCGCGACUGACUCCUUCUUCUUCGGCGGCCAGGCCACGCCCAAGUUGUCGGUCGCUAACUCCAUUGACAGCGGCCUCGGCUGCGUCGGGACGUCCAACCCCACCAUCAGUGACACCGACAGCAAUGUCAGCUUUAUUACUGUGCUGCCCAACGGCUUCGGUAAUCGGCAGGGCGGGGUUGUUCUAGUACCUUAACUCACUCAAUACAAAACAGGUAAUAUUAAAAUAUAAUUUUAUAGAUCUAUCAAAUUGGAUAUGUUGGUCAUCUUCAAAAAUCAUGUAA